AUGUCCUUCAAAAUCCUUCAGGCUGCUCUGGUGGUCGCCACCCUGGUCACCACCGUCCUGGCUGUCGUCCAGAUGAAGGCCGACCUCAACAGCGUCGACAUCAUUCCUGCCGACGGAUACAUCAUCACUCUGUCAUCUCUGUCAGCAGUCUACAUGAUUGUGGCAGCUACCGUUCUCAACUGCACCGGUGCCAAGGUCGCCUGCGAGUCCAUGCUGUCUUUCGCUUGGCUGGCAGGCACCAUUCUGAUCGGUGUUCAGAGAGGAGGCAUGUCGUGCUUUUCCGUCUCCGAAGUCAACAACCCCAUCACCCACAUCUCGAUCAAGGUCCUGAGUCAGGCCAACUGCAACCUCGGCAACGCCUCUAUCACCCUCUCGGCCUUGACCUUUGCUGCCUUUUGUGUCGCCACCUACAAGACCUUUGGAGGAAACUAUACCAUACAUGUCGUCCCUAAACCGGGCCACCAGCGUCUUCCCCAGGACGAGUCCGAGGUUUACGACAAGUGCUAA